UCACUUGUUGAUCGCAGCGCACACACAGGAAACAAACCACGAAUCAUUAAUCUCAUUUUUACAAGAGAUACGCCUGUCUUCCUAGAGAGACACCUCUUUUAUGCCACUGAACCUGGAUUAUUUUUCUUUAUUCUUGAGAUUUAACCUUCUCACAGGCUGAACUUUUGAUCUGAAAACCUUUCAGGACUAAAACCAUCACAAGUGUUGACCAUGUCUGCUGAAGAGGCUCCAACUCCGCAGCAACAACCUGAGCAGCAGAAGACCACCGACGAGCCUCCGCCGGCUGCCCCGGAGCCCCCGCAGGAGUCCGUGGAAAGCCCCGCAGCUGCAGCCGAAGAGAAGACGCUCCCCUGUCGGGCUGUGGUGCUGACCGGGUACGGGGGCUAUGAUAAAGUGAAGCUGCAGGUGAAGACGCUGAGCCCACCGCAGCUGAAGGCGGGAGAGGUCCUGGUUCGAGUCAAGGCGUGCGGGCUGAACUUCGCUGAGCUGCUGGGCAGACAGGGGCUUUACGAGCUGCUGCCUGCCCCGCCCGUCACGAUGGGGAUGGAGGGCUGCGGGGUCAUCGAGGCGUGCGGGGAGGAUGUGAAGCACAGGAAAGUGGGAGAUCGUGUCAUCAUUUUGGCUCGCAGUGGCAUGUGGCAGGAAUUGGUGGUUGUGUCAGCUGAUCACACUUUCCUCAUGCCUGAUCAGAUGAGCUUUGAGGAAGGUGCUGCUAUACCUGUGAACUACCUCACCGCCUACAUGAUGCUGUUUGAGAUGGCCAAUCUGAGGCCGGGGAAGAGUGUGCUCGUCCACAUGGCAGCAGGUGGCGUCGGUAUCGCUGUGACCCAGCUGUGUCAGACCGUGCAGGAUGUGACCGUGUUUGGUACGGCUUCAGCCUCCAAACACGAGACCAUCUCUCAGGGCGGAGUGACUCACCCCAUCGACUACCGCACCAAAGACUAUGUGGAGGAGAUUCGCAAAAUCAGCCCAAAGGGAGUCGACAUCGUCCUCGACCCUCUUGGAGGUUCAGACACCCAAAAAGGUUUUGGUUUGUUGAAACCUCUGGGCAUGCUUAUAGUAUUUGGUGCUGCUAACUGUGUGACCGGCCAGAGGAAGAACCUCUUGGCGAUGGCGAAGACCUGGUACCACCAGCUCUCUCUUUCCGCUCUGAAACUGAUGCAGGCCAAUAAGGCGGUCUGUGGUUUCCACCUGGGCUACAUCCCUGAUGAGGAGCUCAUCAGCAGGACCAUGACGAAGCUGCUGGAGCUCUACAAGCAGGGAAAGAUCAAACCACGCAUCGACUCCUGCUUUCACUUUGAAGAGGUGGCCGAUGCCAUGAAGCGCAUGCACGAUCGCCUUAACAUCGGGAAAGUCAUCCUCCUCCCUGAAGCCAAGAAGGAGGAAGAGAAGCCAAAGUCCAACCCAGAGCCGGUAGAAAGUGGGGAAAAAACAGAAGCAGCUGUUAGUGAGCAGAAAGAAGAGGCCAAGGAGGAAGUUAAAGCAGAGAAAGAUUGAGUAAGAGUGUUAAUUUGAAUUAUACUUUCAAUAACUUCCCUAUUAUUCAACCGCCCAAAAAAAAAGAAAAGGAAAGGAAAGUGAAGAAAAGCAGAAUGCCAUGAUUCUUUGACUUUGUCAGUGUUUUCAGAAUGUGUAUGGAAAUUUUGUUGUGCAAUAUGUGCAUGGUGUAGUGUCAGUGUUGGGGAUACUUGUGUUUGAAAUACAUAAUUACAUAACAUGUAUUCUGAUUGUAAACAGUUGUUACGAAUAAGGAUGAACUAAAGGAAUAGAGCUUAAAAACUGUAGGUUCAGCUGACAACAACAUAAACGUGACUGCAGACCAGGAUAGCAUGUAUGAAACUUUUAAAAAAUAGUCAUAUACUUAAAUAUUUUCCCAUGUGGAGGUGCUAAAUUUGUUAAGAGCUCCUUUACUAUCUAUUGAGGCUGGGAAUUUGCCUGUCAACAAUGUGCUUUGCAUUUAUAAGAAAAUGUUUUUCAGAACCAAAUAUUGGAAAUUAGUUUUUUUUCUGUCAAAAAGUGACCCAAAAAUUCUUAUGUGUUUUAUUUUUGUUUGUUUUCCUAUUUUUAAAGGAUAACCCAUCAUUUGAUAUCAUUAUAUUGCACAGUUUUUUUUUCAUAAUCUCUUAACAAAUGCUCUCAUUUCAAACUUCUUUAGUUUGAGUGUUGAUGAAGGUUGAAUGUUCUCACUGUAAGGACAAAAAAAAUGUUCAAGAUUUAAAAGUUAUAAACCGAGUUGCUUCAUACAUACCAUCACUGGUUCUGUCUCUUUAAAAUAAACCAGAGAAAGACCUGUCUGCAUACACUUUGCCAAACUUAAUAUUUUUGUAUGAACAGGCAUCAUAUCUCGGUUAUUCAAGUGUAAUCAGAGUACAUUACUGAGCUUUGCCAAAUAAUUGUAAUCACAAUAACCUUCUAUCCUGUUUACUCAGUAAGGAUAUGUAUCAGACUUGUUAGAAAAUGUGGAAGUGAUCAAAUAGUUUGUCUUGUUCAAUGCAUUUCGGUGCUCUACUCAAUCUUGAAGCUCCUGCGAGGACUUUUCCUUGCCAUAAGUGGACUGAAAUGAACACUGAUGUCUCUAAAAUAGAGUGAAAUAAAUUAGAAGGAGAUUUUUUUGACAACUUAGGCUGGCUACAUACUGAAUGAUUUUAAAAUCUUAACUGAUUUUAGGAACAUUGGAGACCACAGAGAUGUGGACAGUUUCAAUGCAUAUUUAAUAUUAUAAUAAAUCGUUGAAUAAUAAUGACUUUGUAGUCACACAUACCCAUUCACUCCAUUCACACCCUGAUGGCAGCAGCUGCUGUAUAAGUUGCUGUUAGUAUCAACUAAUACCACUUAUGCCCAUCCACUCAAAUUCACACACCACUGAUGCAGCAGUGGGAACAGAUUCAGGAUCAGUGUCUUGCCAAAGAACAUAUCGGCAUGCUACUGGAGGCCAAACCCUCGAUUUCCUGGUUGAGAGCCAUCUGGUUCUAGCUACUGCACCACAUUAUAAUCCUCCACACACUAGACAGUUUGGUCAGACCCCAUACAUAGCAUUUCAGUCAGGACUACUUAAAUGUUUUACUUUAUUACCAGUGAUUAUUUUGGACUUGUUUUAGUUAUUUGUAUUUGGCAGCGUGGCUGUUCAGGGACCCCCUUGCCCUUCCACGAGCUGAAUGCAUCAAGCAGGAACAGCACACGAUCCUGCUCUUCCCGUGCCUGCAAGGAAAGCCUAAGUCAUGGAGAGGAGCAGCAAUAAACCCAGAGCAGAGCAGGGAUCACUGACAACAGAAUGGCAUUGGUUAAAUCAAAAGCAGAAUAAAGGAGGAGCUGGGGUGGAGGAGGGUUGCAAAUAGGUAUUCCGUGAAAAACAGCCUGACCUGGAAUCAUAAAUUGCAAACCACCGUUACUCAUGGAAAGGGAAUAUAUGGAAAACUUAAGACCAAAAAAGCAUAAUCCGGGUCCUGGCACUCAAGAUGUCUUAAAAAAUGUUAAAGGCCUUUAAUUCUUAGGGCUAGAAACAUUUAAAAUACAGCCACAGGAAAUGGCUUGCACCUUGUUCAGGCUAUACUGUGCCCUACAAGAUUUCCACCCAUUUUUGUAUUCAGGAUCAGGAUCAGUAGAAUCACAUUUACACCACACUUCAGGAUUAUUUAGACAAACGAUCAGUUAGGCAAGCCUCAAAUCAGGUCACACACAAUCUUUUUUGUGGUGAGUUGGGCCUAAAAUCAGGCUUAAAAUCACCUAGUGUGUAGCCAUCCUUACACAAGUACAGAAAAAGACAAUUUUUCCAGAGGGCUGGGGUGCCAAAAAUGACAUAAACUAACUUUUCCUCGCAGGAGCUUAGAGUAAAAAUCUGUGAUGAAUAGUUCUACGUUCUCUUCUCUUUAAUGAGUGUUGUCAGAAAAUAACCAACCUGAGGUCAGUAUGUAAUCCAUUCUUUUUCUUGUGUUUUGUGCCAAAUCUAAAGCCAACUCUUACCACCCACAAGCAAACUGUGAAUAACAAUUAGCGGGACUUCCCAGCCUUGGCAAUCCCUCGUGGGUUUUCUUUCCAAACAGUGUCGCGCUGAACUUGAGUUAAAUCUGUUUUGCAGGCCUUGAUUUUGUCGUCCUGUGUUAGCUGCUUCUUAAUUUCCUUUUUGAAAUCAAAGUGAUUCUAAGUUUACAGAACAGCAGUGAAAUAUGUGUUACUCAAAGAUCUCUCUUAUAUAGACAAUGAAUAUGGAAAGACUUCUGUAGAAAGCUGCUUUGCUUUAUGCACUUUGCUCUACAUUUAUUCAUUUUUUAAGCUCUUAUGUAAUUAUUAAGAAUCUGUUUUUCACAUUUUCUUUGAAUGUAUAGCCUAAAAGUGGAAUUUGGGCUCAAAUGUUUUGUCCAGCUGUGGGUGUAAUUCAAUGCUCUGACGCAGAAGACGCUACCGAAGCACAACAGAGAGUUUUUCCCCUCCGUCCACACCACAGCAGCUCUUCACAUUCCUCUCCCCUCCUCUCACUCCUGUUCUCUGUCUCUCCAUAAGAACCCCUCCCUCCUUCUCCAGCAUGCAGUGUUUUCACAGUCUCACAGAUAAUGCUUUAUGUUAUUUACAUUUGUGUGUUUUUUCCUUUGGCCACUUGGAUAAGUAUUGUUAGGUUUGGCCGGGUUUCCCUCUGCUGGGAUGUAGUAAGAUCUGAUGUGGAUUUGGAGCAGGGACUAGAGUCAUACAGUGGAACUCCUACACCAAAUAUCUGAGUAGUUUAACUAAUGAGCAUGUUUAAUUUUUGUUGCAUAAAAUGGGGGUAUUAUUUUACACAUUUUAAGGAAUAUUUAGUGAAGAUUAAGGGUGUAAAAAAACAAUUACAGUAUAUUUUUUAAGCUGUUAUGCAUAUAUAUUCCACAUUUAACAUUGGGUAUUCUUAGAAGACUGCAUUUACUUUAAUGGCAGAGAAAUACACUUAAAUGUUAAGAGGAAGUGUAUUUUUCCAUUAAAAUUCAAAUUUUUUUAUUGUAUAUGAGCUUACAGAGUUACUGGUGCAGGGGGGGACAUCUAGUGGUCAGGGCAAAGAUGUGCCUUUCAAAUAAGUCAGUAAGAUGCCCACCAGUGUUGCCUUUUUAAAAAAUUAAUUGCAUAAAGAGUUGAUUUUCAGACCCAAAACUCCUUUAAUCACAUCAGAUCCCUCUAAAUACAUCAAAUGAUUUUACUUUGAUAAAAUAAUUCCCAUUUGUUCAAUUAAAAAUACACAUUACUGCAAAUUAACACAAUUAAAAUAUAUGCUGCCAUUAAUCAUGCAUUCAUCAUAAUUACAAUCUAGGUCUCAUCCUUUAACAUAUAGAUUAUUUGUACCACUUUAUCUGCCUUCAGUUGACAUGUUGAAUCUGGUUUAUGAUGCUAGCUUUGGGUGUUCCUGCAUUCAUGAUGGUGAUAUAAAUUGCAGUUUUUGUGUUUUGUAUUCACACUUUAUGUACAUGUCUUCUGUGUGCAUGUGGCACUAACAUGUCUGCAUUAUUAAAGUGUUAUCACUUA